UCAAACACUUCUAUCCUUCUCAUCGCUUUUCAAAUUUCCAUCGCUCUCUCUACAAACAACUUUCCUUCCCUCUCUUUUCUCUGUCUCCGAAAUGGCACGUACCAAACAAACCGCUCGCAAAUCAACCGGAGGCAAAGCUCCAAGGAAACAAUUGGCAACAAAAGCCGCUCGGAAAUCCGCUCCGGCUACCGGAGGAGUGAAAAAGCCUCACAGGUUCCGUCCAGGAACAGUCGCUUUACGUGAAAUCAGAAAGUAUCAGAAGAGCACAGAGCUUCUUAUAAGGAAGCUUCCAUUCCAAAGAUUGGUAAGAGAAAUUGCUCAGGAUUUCAAAACUGAUCUCAGAUUCCAAAGCAGUGCCGUUUCUGCUCUUCAAGAAGCCGCUGAAGCUUAUCUCGUUGGUUUGUUUGAAGAUACUAACCUUUGCGCUAUUCACGCUAAGAGAGUUACCAUUAUGCCUAAGGAUAUUCAACUCGCGAGGAGAAUCAGAGGCGAGAGAGCUUAGUUUUGAUUACGUUUCGUAGAUGUUGUUCUGUUAGGGUUUGAUUCCCCUGUGUUGAAUUUUAACCUAUUGUUAUUCUCUGAUCUGCGAUGUGUUUGUUCAGAAUAUGAAUUUACUUGCUUUUGUAAUAUAAAUGUUGAAGGUUAUGGAUUCGUCGAUAUAAUUUAUUCUAUUUUUUUUUU